CAACGCAGCAGCAAGCAAGCAAGCAAGCAAGCAAGAAGGAGGAGACGAAAUUCGCUGCCCUGACGCAAGACAACCCGGACCGUUGCAGAAGCAACAGUGCGCGGUCAUGGGUGGUGUGUUCUCGGCGAUUGGAGCAGCCGGCAACAAGGCAGAGGAGGCAGAGGUGGGUGGAGAGGACGCAUCCGCGCAGACCCCUGUGAAGGAGCAGGAAGGGGCUGCACAGCGAGAAGCGGAGGCUGUGAAGCAGCAAGACUUGUCCACGUGGAUCAAGGGCCAUCACCGAAGGCUACGAAAGCGGGUGCAGAACCCAUCACCAGAAACGCUGAAGAAGGCGGAGCGCACGGCCAAACAACUUGGAGUAUCCCUGGAGCAAGCGCUGGCCGAGCACAUCUGGAAGGACCACCUCAGCGACGCUACUGCACUUGAGACAUAUGCACAGGCCAUGAGAACUCUGGCAACUUCAUUCUGGAAACGCGAUGAUGCAGCAGACAGCAGGAUCAACUGGUGCCUGAAGAUGAUGCGCAAUUACUUUGAGGGCGGCGGCCGCUCUGCAGCUGUGGCGAAAGACGCCCGCAGGCGUACACACAAGCAAGCAGCAACACCAGCAACACCAGCAACAGCAGAGGCAGGAGAGACAGCAAAGAGGCGGAGAGGGCACAAUGCUCACGGCUCAGGCGAUGUGUACAGUGGCAAUGGCGAGCUUGCGUUCAAGCGAGCGAGGCGUGCCGCUGGUCAAAGUGAAGACGAUGCACCUACAGCAACAGCCCCGCACUCAGCGACGUCUUCUCCGACGGCAUCGCAAGCAUCAUCGACGCGUGACGACGACCGUGGUGUGCCGACAACGUUGACUGAUGUGCAUCUGCUGGACGUCGGGUCUUCCUUCAAUGCGUUUCGACGCCACAACCUCCACGUGGAUGCCAUCGAUAUUGCCCCAGCAGCAGACGGCGUGAUCCGGUGUGAUUUCCUCAACGCUCCCAUCGUCUCCAUCACGGAACACACAGCGUCUUCACCAUCUUCAUCGUCGUCAUUUCAGCUUGUGGAAGGAUCUUAUGACGUGGUGGUGUUCAACUUUCUCCUCUCAUACAUCCCAACGCCAGCGCUCAGAUACAGGUGCUGCGAGCGGGCGCGGCGGUGUCUGAAGAGAAAUGGGCUGCUGCUCAUUACAACGCCAGACUCAAACCAUGUCGCAAAGGGGUCCAAGUGGAUGCGGGAGUGGCGCACGUCUGUGGAGUCGAUUGGUUUCCGGCGCUGGCGAUACGAGAAGCUCAAAUUCUUCCACGGAAUUGCGUUUCGCGCCGUCGCGGACGAGGACGCGGUGGAACCAACAAGCCUCUCACGCAAUGAGCUGAUGGCGCUGAUGGCCAGGCCCAGUGAUCCCAUUUUCGAAGACAAGUAGCAGCACAGAAACACAAGGGUGUGUGUAUGUGUGUGUGUGUGUGUGCGUGUGUUUGUGUGCAUGCGUGCGCACUUUAUUUUUCUCCGCAGGUCAUUUUCGGUCUUGUGAGUGGUGCAUUGCACCCGUUCCCCGCCCACUCCCAGUCACAGCUGAAAUAGGCUCGUCACCAGCAAUAGGAAGUCGUCGUCUUCUUCGCCAUCUUGUUGUAUGUAUCAUAUUCUCGUCAUGAGCAAACAAGCAAGAGCAAAGGCAC